ACGGUGAAGAGAAACUGGGUCACCGAUUGAAAAAUCGUUUAUGUCACAGUUCUGUGGGUUGCUAUUACACAGAACACAGCGGCGUUCAAUGGAUAGACCAGCCUCAUUGGACCAGUUCGGUACAUGGUUUGCACCAGUUUCCUAAGGAUCAGAUCACAUCAAGACCGACAGACCACAUCAAAGCGGAUGAAACUAGGUCAGGCUGAAUCAAACCCGACUCAGACUAGGUCAGAACGACGGAGCAGACCAGACUGAUCCAGACGAUACCAGGCCCGUUCAGGAGGCUUGUUCCAGUUUCCUAUCCAGUUGAGGGCUCCAGAGUGGAUGGAAGGAGAUGAUUUUAACACAGAGGCUGUGAUGAACAUCUGUGAUGACCUGAUGGCAGACCAAAGGAUGGACAUCUCGUCUACAAUGACUGACUUCAUGUCUCCUGGUUCCACCGACCUCAUCUCCAGCUCCAUCAGCACGCCUGGCAUGGACUACACCCGCAAGAGGAAGGGCAGCACCACCGACUACCAAAUUGAUGGCUUCUCAUUUGAUGACAUGGACCCAGACAAAGAUAAACUAGGAGGCGACCAACAGGGCCGGAUUAAGAAUGCCAGAGAGGCUCACAGCCAGAUCGAGAAGCGGCGCAGGGACAAGAUGAACAGCUUCAUCGACGAGCUAGCGUCGCUGGUGCCCACCUGUAACGCCAUGUCCCGCAAGCUGGACAAGCUGACUGUCCUGCGCAUGGCCGUCCAGCACAUGAAGACACUCAGAGGUGCAGCCAACCCAUACACAGAGGCCAACUACAAGCCUUCCUUCCUCUCAGAUGAUGAACUAAAGCACUUGAUACUAAGGGCUUCUGAUGGUUUCCUGUUUGUGGUCGGGUGCGAUCGUGGAAAGAUCCUCUUUGUUUCUGAAUCAGUCUACAAGAUUCUCAACUACAGCCAGAACGACCUGAUAGGUCAGAGCCUCUUUGACUACCUUCACCCCAAAGACAUCGCCAAAGUCAAAGAGCAGCUGUCCUCUUCAGACACGGCCCCUCGCGAGAGGCUCAUCGACGCAAAAACGGGUCUUCCAGUGAAGACGGACAUCACUCCUGGUCCAUCUAGACUCUGUUCUGGAGCCAGACGGUCGUUUUUCUGUAGGAUGAAGUGCAACAGGCCUUCAGUCAAAGUAGAGGAUAAAGACUUUCCCUCCACCUGCUCUAAGAAAAAAGCGGACCGUAAGAGCUUCUGCACCAUCCACAGCACGGGCUACCUGAAGAGCUGGCCGCCUACCAAGAUGGGUCUGGACGAGGACAACGAGCCCGACAACGAGGGCUGCAACCUGAGCUGCCUGGUGGCCAUCGGCCGGCUGCACCCGCACAUCGUCCCCCAGCCCAGCAUGGCGGACAUCAGGGUAAAGCCCACAGAGUACGUCUCCCGGCACGCCAUCGACGGCAAAUUCGUCUUCGUCGACCAGAGAGCCACAGCCAUCCUUGCCUACCUGCCCCAGGAGCUGCUGGGAACCUCCUUCUAUGAGUAUUUCCACCAGGACGACAUCGGCCACCUGGCAGAGUGCCACAGACAAGUGCUGCAGAUGAGGGAGAAGAUCAACACCAACUGUUACAAAUUCAAAAUCAAAGACGGCUCCUUCAUCACGCUGAGGAGCCGAUGGUUCAGCUUCAUGAACCCCUGGACCAAGGACGUGGAGUACAUCGUCUCCACCAACACCGUCGUCUCGUGUCCCAUGAUGGAGGGAUCAGACUACCCUCAAUCUGCCAUCUCGCCACAGAGUAUGGACAGUGUUCUCACUUCAGAGGGCGGAGGACGGCGGGCGUUGCAGACGGUGCCCGGUAUCCCCGGUGGCACGAGAGCGGGAGCAGGCAAAAUCGGCCGCAUGAUCGCAGAGGAAGUGAUGGAGAUCCAGAGGAUUCGAGGUUCUUCCCCCUCCAGCUGUGGCUCCAGCCCUCUGAACAUCACCAGCACCCCUCCACCCGACACCUGUUCUCCCGGGGGCAAGAAGAUUCAGAACGGAGGGACACCCGAUCUGCCGAGCACAGGGAUCAUUCCUGGACCUGAUUCUGUAGGCUACCCCUACUCCAACCAGUCCAUAAUGAGUGACAACUCCCACCUGAGUAUAGACAUUAUGGAAGAGCCCGGUUCCAGCAGCCCCAGCAACGACGAGGCAGCCAUGGCGGUCAUCAUGUCCCUGCUGGAGGCGGACGCCGGCCUGGGUGGCCCCGUCGACUUUAGCGACCUGCCCUGGCCUUUGUGAGGAAGCUGGAAGGGAAGAAGAGAACAAGAGAGAAAGACACCCUCCAGAGGCACUGAUGGAGAGAGUUCAGUCAGGAUGAAUUCUAGCUGCCAGUUUCCUGCACUCUAUCGACAACAACGCUGCAAAAAAAACAUCUUAAUAAGUCUUUCAUCUGAUUCAGAGUCCUAAAAGUACUACAAACGAUUUCUGUGUCAUCAAGGCUUUAAAGGUAGAGUCAGUCAUUGUGAACUGAACACCCGUAAAACUCCUCUUAAAGUCACUUCUGCUCCUCCCAAAUUUGGUGUCAUGUGAGCGCAACA